CUGAAGUUUCACUGAUACAGAUACUUUAUACACCUACUCAUACAGAGCUUAAUUAAAAUAGGGUUUUUGACCAAAUCCAAAAAUAGAAUCAAAAUAAGAUAUUAUGCAAGAGAUAAGCAAACACAGCAGUCUAGACAUUUUGGUAGAUGAUUGAGUCAAUAAAGAUUACAGCUGUGAAGUUUACUCUUGCUUCCUGCAUUGAAAUAGAGAUAAUCGUGUGUUUACAAACACACAAAAUUUGUUACGUAAAACAGAAUGAAGUGUCUGCAGCAAAGACGCAGUAUAUUUUAUAAUUUCAAAAAUAGAAAAGCGAACAAGCCUACAGGGUCUGAGGUGUUGACUAGUUAUUUGAAACAGUGUAAAGAACCUCCUUGGACGUCGUAUUUUGUGAAGUAUAGCGAUAUUGUGGAUGAUCAGUGGGGUAAAUCUCAUUUCAAUUGGCUAGUGGGCUUCUCAAACUAUCACAUUUUGAGAACAGGUUGUUUUCCUUACAUCAAGUAUCAUUGUACUAAAAGAGCUGUACAGGAUCUAUCUGUAGACGACUAUUUCUUUAAGGCAAUCAAAGUGUUGAAUUUAGGUACAACAUUGCAUUAUUACUUAAUAUGGUAUGUUUAGUGGUGAUUUUUUAGGUAUUCCAUGCUUUGCUUAUGGAAUAGCGGCGAUAUACUUAAUUAAACAUACUGAAAUUGUUGGGACUAGCCAAGGAGAUGUUCCCAUAUAUUUUCUUUAUCCAGAAGAUAAAGGAUCCUUGUAUUGAAUCACGAAUAAACUGGUGCAUUAACUGGAGAUUUCUUGUUCACAUGAUUUUUGAAUAAAACUUUCAUACUCCC